AGUAUGUCAAGUAUGACUUUGUUGUUUUGCUCACUGUAAUUUGCGCUCGUCCUCUGUUGAUUGGACGCACGCACAGUUUCGGGGAGGUGAUGGGUGGUCCUUGUCCACCUUAAAAGCAGGUGAUCCGGAGGACUGUAGGCAUCUUCUCCGAUCACCUCUUCUGCUUCUGGGUUUCAUCUCUCUGUUACAAGCUGCAACAUGUCUAAAGCGAAAGAUUACAGCAGCCAGUCCUACUCCCCGGGCAGCACGGGACCGGUCAAAAGCAACCCGACCAACAAGAAGACCGACCCGGCGGGCAAAUCCAGGGAGAAGGACGACAUGGUUGGACUCAACGACAAGUUUGUCAGGUUGAUUGAAAAGGUGAAACACUUGGAGGGUGAGAACAAAAAGCUCGACACGAAGCUGAAGAUCCUCAAGGACAAGGAUGACUACGAGGGGAAAAUCGACGACAUUGUCAGGCAGCUUGAGAACCAGAUGGAGCAGCAGAUCGAGAACUUGAUCAACGACCAAGAAAAACUGAAGGCUGAGCUGCUCAAGAACCAGGAAGAGGUGGUGGACAACAAGAAGAAGUUUGAGGAUGAGUUCUUAAAAAAAGCAGAACUGGAGAAUGAAUUUAUCAUCAAGAAAAAGGACGUAGAUGAAGGUCACUUGGAUGCAGUAGAUCUGGCUCUGGAGCUGGAAGACCUGAUGGGGAAACUGGACUUCCUCAGGGUUGGCUAUGAUGAGGAGAUCAAGGAGCUGGAUUCACAAGUCCAGAAUGAGACUGUGGUCUUACAUGACACCAGCAAACGCGCUCUGGACAUGGAUGAGAUUGUUGACAGUGUCAAGAAUCAGUAUGCCAACAUGGCCGCCCGCAGCAGGGAGGAAGUAGGGCAGUGGAACCAGAAAAAGAUGGAUUCCAUGGUCCUCAAUGCAGGACAGCGCGAGCAGGAUGUGCGUGAUCUAAGGAGGGAGAUCUCAGACCUGGUGCGCAACAUCCAGAGGCUGAACGGGGACCUGGAGGCUCUCACAAGGAAGGAAGAGUCCCUGAGCAAGGACAUCAAUGACGUGAGGACAGAAGGCAACAACAACCUGCAAAGGGCUCGGGGGGACAUUGCCCAGAUAGAGGAGGCCUUGAGGCGGGCAAAGCAAGACUUGGCUGGACAGAUCCGCGAACACCAAGAGCUGAUGAACCUCAAGCUGGCCCUUGACAUCGAGAUCGCCACCUAUCGCAAGCUGCUGGAGGGCGAGGAGCAAAGAAUGAACUACCUCAUGCGCCACAUAGCCUUCUAAAAACAAACCAAUCAAUUCCAAGUGAUUACUUGCAUGCAGACGUUUACCUGCCAUCGACGCAACACCUGCCGAAGAAGCCACGAGCCCCAGAACCCUCCGUUGUGCCAGCAGAGUACCACGCCUCCAAGAAACGCCUGCUGAUCCGGGUUGAGGUGGAGGCAGGCAGAGUUGUGUCUGAAAGCUCCCAUUACACUGAAGAUUGAUCGGCACUGUCCAUCACACCUCUGUCUGCAGCAUUAUAGUAUAUCCGUAAAAUGUGACAUCAAAAAGAUCCAAAUCAAACGCUUCAAGAUUCACAAUAGAAUGGUCUCUAAAUGCAAUCAUUUAUCAUUACGCUUGGUUCGUGUGCUUUCUGGCAGUCUAACAAUAGCUUCUUGGCAGGAUGAACGUUUGUUGAUGUCAAGCAGUGUUUAAAAAAAAAAAGCUUUUCUUAUCUUUGUUUGCCUUUGCAAAGUCUUGUGUUGUUUCCGAUUUUGUCUUUGUGGAAAAGAAAAUGAUCUAACGCUGUAAAGGUUUGUUAAUGAAGUGAAGAUAAAGAACUUGUGGCAUCGA